GCUGCGGGGAUGCUGGCCGCGGAUGGGGAAUGGGAGAACGGAUCCGAGCGACUGGCUGAAUGAAUGAGUGAGCGAGUGAGUGACUGUGCGAGCGGACGGCGGAGGGAACUCCGACCAGCCCAGAGCUCGGAGCGGCGGAGGCACCGACCGAGGCUGCACCGGCGGAGGCUGCGGAACGGACGUGCGGGCUGGCGCAGCCAUGGUGAAGAUCAGCUUCCAGCCCGCCGUGGCCGGCAUCAAGGGCAACAAGGCCGACAAGGCGUCGGCGUCGGUCGCGGCGCCGGCCCCGGCCACCGAGAUCCUGCUGACGCCGGCAAGGGAGGAGCAGCCCCCACAACGUCGCUCCAAAAGGGGGGGCUCGGUUGGCGGCGUGUGCUACCUGUCGAUGGGCAUGGUCGUUCUGCUCAUGGGCCUGGUGUUCGCCUCUGUCUACAUCUACAGAUACUUCUUCCUUGCGCAGCUGGCCCGAGAUAACUUCUUCCGCUGCGGUGUGCUGUAUGAGGAUGCCCUGUCCUCCCAGGCCCGGACUCAGAUGGAGCUGGAAGAGGAUGUGAAAAUCUACCUCGAUGAGAACUACGAGCGCAUCAAUGUGCCUGUGCCGCAGUUCGGCGGCGGUGACCCCGCAGACAUCAUCCAUGAUUUCCAGCGGGGUCUGACCGCCUACCAUGACAUCUCCCUGGACAAGUGCUACGUCAUUGAGCUCAACACCACCAUCGUGCUGCCCCCUCGCAACUUCUGGGAGCUCCUCAUGAACGUGAAGAGAGGGACCUACCUCCCACAGACGUACAUCAUCCAGGAGGAGAUGGUGGUCACGGAGCAUGUCAGUGACAAGGAGGCCCUGGGGUCCUUCAUCUACCACUUGUGCAACGGGAAAGACACCUACCGGCUCCGGCGCCGGGCAACGCGGAGGCGGAUCAACAAGCGUGGGGCCAAGAACUGCAACGCCAUCCGCCACUUCGAGAACACCUUUGUGGUGGAGACACUCAUCUGUGGGGUGGUGUGAGGCCCUCUGCCCCAGCCCCGCUGCCGUCUUCCUCUUCUUUUUUCCAGCCGCUCUCUCCUCCUUCCCACUGCUUAGCUUGUACUUUGGACGUGUAUCUAUAGAGGUGACAUGUCUCUCUGUUUCUCCCCAACCCUUCCCACCUCCCUGUACCAGAGCCGUGACCUCUCGGGGGCCCCCAUCUCUGCUGGCCCCCCACCCCGGGUGUGGUGGAGGGAGAGGGGACACCACAAAACGGUUUCUGUGUCCCACUGUCUUGAAGCCGGGCCUGCCAAGGCCUGGGCCCAGAGUCACACUGGGAGCCCCAGGGGAAGGAUGAGUUGGGGGAACUGGGUAUUGGAGCCCUUGGCAAGGGGAUAGGGUUGGAGGGCUGGCACAGGCUUCAGAAGUAUCUGCACAAUUAGAAAAGUCCCCAGAAGCUUUUUCCUUGGAGGGUACACUUCCUUCACGGUCCCUAUUGCUAGGCCUGGGGCUUGAGCUGAGGAUGGGACGGUGUGCCCAGGGACGGACCCACCAGAGCACAAGGGAAGGUGGCUGCCUGGGGGCGUCCCCAGGACUCCCCUCAGUGCCUUCAGUCCCACCAGCAGGACUGGAGUUUGGGGAGUAGGGAUGAGUUCGUCAAGCACAAUUUGUUCUCUGAGUGGAACCAAAGAAGCAAGGAGCUGGGCCCCCCAGCCCUGGCCCCCCAGGAGCACAAGCAGGGUCCCCACAGCCAAGGCAGCAGGGUGGGCUGUUGAGGAAUGGGCAGACAAGGUCACCGCUCAGUCCUGUCCAUGGGCAGUGAGCUGUGGGUUCUGCUGAGUAGGUGGAGCUCACUGCUUUCUCCCAGCUCUCUCCCAGGAGCCAUUUUGAAAGCUAAUGCGGAGGGAAAAGGAGGGCCACCUGGUACUUGUCCACCCUGCCUCCUCUGUUCUGAAACUCCAUCCCCCUCAGCUUGGGGGAAUGCACCUUUUUCCUUCUUCUCACUUUUGCAUGUUUUUACUGAUCGUUCAAUAUGCUAACCAUUCUCAGCCCUGAGCCUUGGAGAGGAGGGCUGUGAGCCUUCGGUCAGUCUCUGGGGAUGAAACUCUUACAUGCUUUGUAUAUUUUCUCAAUUAGAUCUCUUUUCAGAAGUGUCUGUAGAACAAUAAAAAUCUUUUACUUCUGA